AUGGCUGGACUGGUAAUAUGGAGCAUCGGUAUUUUUCUGGUUCACGUUGCCCUGAAAAGUAUCUAUCGGUUGUACUUUCACCCUCUCAGCAAGUUCCUCGGUCCCAAACUGGCAGCAAUCACCAGCGGAUAUGAAUUUUACUUUAAUGUCUUCAAGGGCGGGAUGUUUAUUUGGGAGAUGGAGCGACUGCAUCAGGUCUAUGGCCCUAUCAUACGCAUCAACCCGCGAGAAAUCCAUAUCAAGGAUUCAAAGUACUACGAUGAAAUCUACGCUUCCAGCGCCCGAAGACGUGAAAAAGACCCUAUCGCCGUAGCCCAGUUCGGAUUCGACGGUUCCGCAUUCGCAAGUGUCUCUCCAGAAAGCCAUCGCCAACGGCGUGCACCGCUAGAAAAGCUUUUCUCCAAGCAGGCCAUUACCAACAUCGAGCACAUUAUUUAUAGCCGGCUCGAAAAGCUGUGCCGUCAUCUCGAUUGUGCUUAUCGGUCACAUAAGGUGGUCAAUCUCGAUGCCGGAUUCGCAGGCCUGACGUCCGAUGUUAUCCAUCAGUAUGCCUACGGGUUCAACAGCGGCCAUCUCGACCUUGAGGAUUUCAACGAGGGGGUCAGAGACGGGAUCAACGGCCUUUUCCGUCUGUGCCACCUUACUUUCUUUUUUCCGAUUUUGCAGACCAUCAUGAACUCGCUGCCUCUGGGGCUUUUGAAACGAAUGAGCCCGGACGCAUUCGCGCUUGUCAGUCAGACGAACGGAAUUUACCAAAAAACAGCCGAUGCUCUGCAUGGCCACCGUUCAGACGGUGGCUCUAUUAUGGAGACUCUGGCGGAUUCUAAUAUGUCCGAACACAUGAAGACCCCCGCGCGUCUUACGAAUGAAGGAUUCGCUCUCGUCAUUGCCGGCACUGAGACGACUGCUAGGUCGCUGGCUUUGGGUGCUUAUACUCUUCUCAGUAAUGAGGUAAUCAGAAAUAAGCUGCAAGAAGAACUUCGGUCUGUGAUGCCCACGCUGGACUCGCGGCCCACCUGGAAUCAGCUUGAGAAAUAUCUGUCCGGGAUUGUCAGCGAGACACUGCGUCUCUCCACCGGAAUUGCGAGUCGAUCUCCUCGAGUUGCACCCGCAGAGGCGCUGGUCUAUAAAGACUAUGUAAUUCCUCAUGGAACACUGGUGAGCGAAACCAACUAUUUUGUCCUCACGGAUCCAAAUAUUUUCCCUGAUCCGCAUGUCUUCGACCCGGAACGAUGGAUGCGAGCUGCGGCUAAGGGGGAGCGAUUGGAUCGGUAUUUGGUCAACUUCUCGAAGGGUAGUCGGAUAUGUCUUGGCAUGAAUAUGGCGUAUGCGGAGCUCUUCCUGGUCCUCGCGACGCUUGUCCGGCGGUAUGAGAUGGAGCUGUACGAGACAACAAAGGAGAACCUUGAGUUCAAGCGCGACUUCGGGACACCACACCCCGACAAGGGCUGGAGUUGGUACUUGGACUCUCGUAGAUCCGUAAUAUGGCUCAAAGGCGGUGAGACAGCCGAUUUUCUGCCGCUCAAAAAAAAGACCGACUGGCGACACAGCACACCUUCUUCCGUGUCUUGCACAGCCAUGGAUUCGGACGACGAUCCCGUCGUCUCAUCUUACGACGUCUUCCUUACAGACUCCGAAGUCUCUCGAUAUGUCUUUCAAUACCUCGACCGCCCCAAAAAGCACCCUUACAUCGAGGCGAAAGGUCAGAAGCCGACCGAAUUGCGAUUGAAGCCCCGGUCCGGUCUCGUGGAGGUCGACAUUCCUAUUAGCAUUCGGCAAAACUACGAUAUCAACAAAGGAGCACGGUAUGGAGAGGCCAUGAAGAAGAGCCGUGCCUCUCGUGACGGAGGCGCAUACGGAAUGGCCGGUGGGUUCAGUUCUGGGAAUGCUGUGUCGAGCGGGAGCAGGGUCAAGACUGAAGGAAAUGGGGACAUUGAGAUUCUGGACAAUAAGAAGGUGAUUGACUCUUCAUCGAUAAUAAAGACCCAGCCACUUGGCGGGCGGAUCAAGCCUCCCGAGGAAGGAGAUCCAGUCUACAUGUUGGCUACAUUCAAAGACAAAAAUCUGCAUCUGUCGCCAGUGUCGGCAGUCGUGCAACUACAUCCCCAGCUUCACCACCAAGAUGCGAUGGAAGAGAUACCCAAGGGCCGAGGCACAAAGACCAAGAAAGACGACGACGAGCGUCCCGCCGAGAGUGAAGCGCGGACAAUAGAUGUCAAGAUCAAGGCCGCGGAAGAUGGCGAGCAGACGAUGCUUGCAACCAACCUGGACCUGCUCAAGAAAAUGCAGGAUGAGAAAUGGAAGGCGUAUGAAUGGGUCGAUGCCGAGACGGAGGAAGCUUGGUACACAUAUGAAAACUAUAUGACACACCAGCAGCCCGAGGAUUUGCCGCAACUUGAAUCGGCGAUCCAGGGCGAGGACUACCUGGAUGCGAUGAGUGCGCCGCGAAUUGAUCCUGCACACCCGGAAAUGACUGGCUGGGCUAUGAAACAAAAUCGACAAAAGCAGAAAGAUGGAGUAUCGGGGAGUGAGGAUGAGGCCGGGUGA